GUCAUAUUUGGGGAAAAGCAAAGGGUAGGUUACAGAGAGAGUGAAGGAAUCAUAUACCAUUCAUCAUCUCUAUCUCUCUCAAAAUCUCUCCCAAUCACAAGAUGGUGGACAUAGCAAGGGUGCAAAAAGAGCUUCAAGAAUGCAACAAAGACAAAGACUCAUCUGGAAUCAGUGUUAAACUCAAAGGGGGAAACUCUUUAACUCACUUGGUUGGCUCUAUUCCUGGCCCUCUUGCCACUCCUUAUGAAGGUGGCACUUUCUUGAUUGACAUCGUUAUUCCUGAUGGGUAUCCUUUCGAGCCUCCGAAGAUGCAGUUUGUUACCCGAGUUUGGCACCCAAAUAUAAGUAGUCAGAGUGGAGCUAUAUGCUUAGAUAUCCUGAAGAAGGAAUGGAGCCCAGCUCUUACCAUUAAAACUGCUCUUGUUUCAAUCCAAGCUUUACUCUCUGCCCCCGAACCUGAUGAUCCACAGGAUGCCGUGGUAGCUCAACAGUAUCUUAAGGAUUAUCAGACCUUUGCAAACACAGCCCGUUACUGGACAGAAGCUUAUGCAAAAUCAUCAUCUGUGGGGAUUGAAGAAAAGGUGCGAAGACUAGUGGAGAUGGGGUUCCCCGAAGUCAUGGCGAAGGAUGCCCUGGAUGCUGUGGGCGGAGAUGAAAAUGCAGCUCUUGAGAAACUUUGUUCCUAGAGUUUGCAAUACACAUUGACGUUAUAAUGUCAAUAGAAAGAUAAACGUAAUAGAAAGUAUCGUAUCAAGGCGAAUGGGAUUUCUUAUUCAUAUCUUUGGUGUUUGAGAUAUGACUGUAAAUUAAUGGUUCUUUGAUCCUGGUAAUACCCUGAAACCUAUGCUGCUGGCAAUAUAAUAUAUUCUGACAUGGUUUGAAAUUUUAAA